CCUAAACAGGAGGGUUGCUCCUCUGUGGAGGCCCAGAGAUUUCAGUAUAAAAGGGGAACUCCCGGGCUCCACAAAAGUGUUGGACAGGAAGGAGGCUACCAAAGAAGUAGUCCAAUCAGCAGCUGCAUCACUGAACAACAAACAGAGUCACCAUGAGUGGGGAUGUGGAAAUGGAGUGUUUUGGCCCGGCGGCCCUUUACCUCCGUAAACCUGAGAGGGAAAGAAUCGAGGCUCAAAACACUCCCUUUGAUGCCAAAACAGCCUAUUUUGUGACGGAGCCGUCUGAGAUGUAUUUAAAAGGCAAAGUGGUGAAAAGAGAAGGCGGCAAAGCCACUGUGGAACUCAAGGGUGGGAAGACACUCACCGUGAAGGACGACGACAUCUUUCCCAUGAACCCUCCAAAGUUUGAUAAGAUUGAGGACAUGGCCAUGAUGACCCACCUCAGUGAGCCUUCUGUGCUGUAUAACCUCAAAGAGCGUUACGCGGCAUGGAUGAUCUACACCUACUCAGGGCUUUUCUGCGUCACUGUGAACCCCUACAAGUGGCUCCCAGUGUACGACGCAAAGGUUGUCUCUGGAUACAGAGGGAAAAAGAGGAUUGAGGCUCCACCCCACAUCUUCUCCAUCUCUGAUAAUGCCUACCAGUUCAUGCUCCAAGAUCGUGAGAACCAGUCGAUCCUGAUUACUGGAGAAUCCGGUGCAGGGAAGACUGUCAACACCAAGCGUGUCAUCCAGUACUUUGCGACAAUCGCGGCAGCUGCAGGCAAAAAAGCUGAGACAGUUCCUGGAAAAAUGCAGGGGUCGCUGGAGGAUCAAAUCAUUGCAGCCAACCCCCUGCUGGAGGCUUAUGGGAAUGCCAAAACUGUGAGGAAUGACAACUCGUCCCGCUUUGGAAAAUUCAUCAGAAUCCAUUUUGGAACGACUGGAAAGUUGGCCUCAGCUGAUAUUGAAACAUAUCUCCUGGAGAAGUCUCGAGUGACGUUCCAGCUCUCUGCUGAGAGAAGUUAUCACAUCUUCUAUCAGCUCGCAACAGGCCACAAACCUGAGCUCAUUGAGGCGCUACUCAUCUCCACCAACCCCUACGACUUCCCCAUGAUCAGUCACGGAGAAAUCACUGUGAAGAGCAUCAAUGACGUUGAAGAGUUCAUCGCCACUGAUACUGCCAUCGACAUCCUGGGCUUCACCUCAGAGGAGAAGAUAGGCAUCUACAAGCUGACCGGAGCUGUGAUGCACCAUGGAAACAUGAAAUUCAAGCAGAAGCAGCGCGAAGAGCAGGCCGAGCCUGACGGCAAUGAGGAGGCUGAUAAAAUUGCUUACCUUAUGGGCCUGAACUCGGCUGAUAUGCUCAAGGCCUUGUGUUACCCGAGAGUCAAGGUCGGCAAUGAAAUGGUGGUGAAAGGUCAAACUGUACCACAGGUGCAUAAUUCCGUCAUGGCUCUCUCCAAGUCUGUCUAUGAGAAAAUGUUCUUGUGGAUGGUCGUCAGAAUCAAUGAGAUGCUGGACACCAAGCAGCCCAGGAACUUCUUUAUCGGUGUCUUAGACAUUGCGGGUUUUGAAAUCUUUGAUUUCAAUAGCUUGGAGCAGAUGUGCAUCAACUUCACCAAUGAAAAGCUGCAACAGUUUUUCAACCACCACAUGUUUGUCCUGGAGCAAGAAGAGUACAAGAAAGAGGGAAUUGAAUGGGAGUUCAUUGACUUUGGUAUGGACUUGGCAGCCUGCAUUGAGCUUAUUGAGAAGCCAAUGGGCAUCUUCUCCAUCCUGGAAGAGGAGUGCAUGUUCCCCAAGGCAACUGACAUAACCUUCAAGAACAAACUGUACGACCAGCAUAUUGGUAAAAGUGCCCCCUUCCAGAAACCUAAACCUGCCAAAGGCAAAGCUGAGGCCCACUUCUCUCUGAUGCACUAUGCUGGCACUGUUGAUUACAAUGUUCUUGGCUGGCUGGACAAGAACAAGGAUCCUCUGAAUGACUCAGUGGUUCAGCUCUACCAGAAGUCUUCAGUCAAACUGCUGGCUUACCUCUAUGCAGCGCAUGCCUCAGGAGAAGAGGGUGUAAAGAAGGCUGGCAAGAGGAAGGGAGGUUCCUUCCAGACUGUCUCAGCUCUCUUCAGGGAAAACCUGGGGAAGUUGAUGACCAACUUAAGGAGCACUCACCCACAUUUUGUGCGCUGUCUCAUUCCCAACGAAUCAAAAACACCAGGUCUAAUGGAAAACCACCUGGUCAUCCACCAGCUCAGGUGCAACGGUGUGCUGGAAGGCAUCAGGAUCUGCAGGAAAGGUUUUCCCAGCAGAAUCCUCUACGCUGACUUCAAGCAGAGAUACAAAGUGCUGAAUGCCAGCGUCAUCCCUGAUGGGCAGUUCAUUGACAACAAGAAGGCCUCAGAGAAACUACUGGAAUCCAUAAGCGUGGACAAAUCACAAUACAGAUUUGGCCACACCAAGGUAUUCUUCAAGGCUGGACUGCUGGGUGUACUUGAGGAGAUGAGAGAUGAGAAACUGGUUGAGCUCGUCACAAUGACUCAGGCUGUUUGCAGAGCUUUCCUGAUGAGACAUGAAUUUGUCAAGAUGAUGCAGAGAAGGGAGGCUAUUUACUCUAUUCAGUACAACAUCCGCUCAUUCAUGAAUGUCAAAACCUGGCCAUGGAUGAAGCUGUACUUCAGAAUCAAACCUCUUCUGAAGAGUGCAGAGACUGAGAAAGAGAUGGCCCAAAUGAAAGAGGACUUUGAAAAGACCAAAGAGGACCUAGCAAAGGCUCUUGCCAAGAAGAAAGAUCUGGAGGAGAAGAUGGUUUCUCUCCUGCAGGAGAAAAAUGACUUGCAGCUGCAAAUUCAGUCUGAAGGUGAAAGCCUUUCUGAUGCUGAGGAAAGGUGCGAGGGGCUCAUUAAAGCAAAAAUCCAGCUCGAGGCCAAAGUCAAAGAAACAGCUGAGAGACUGGAGGAUGAGGAGGAAAUGAAUUCAGAGUUGACUGCAAAGAAGAGGAAGCUGGAGGACGAAUGUGCCGAGUUGAAGAAAGACAUCGAUGACUUGGAGCUCACACUGGCCAAGGUGGAAAAGGAGAAACAUGCCACGGAGAACAAGGUUAAAAAUCUGGUUGAAGAAAUGGCUUCUCAAGAUGAGACCAUUGCCAAGUUGAGCAAAGAGAGGAAAGCUCUCCAAGAGGCCCAUCAGCAGACGCUAGAUGAUCUGCAAGCAGAGGAAGACAAAGUCAACACUCUGACAAAGGCCAAAGUGAAGCUGGAGCAGCAAGUGGAUGAUAUUGAAGGUUCCUUGGAGCAGGAGAAGAAGCUCCGCAUGGAUCUUGAAAGAGCAAAACGAAAGCUUGAAGGAGAUCUGAAACUUGCCCAUGAAUCCAUAAUGGAUCUGGAGAACGACAAGCAGCAAACUGAGGAGAAAUUAAAGAAGAGAGACUUUGAGAUGAGCCAGCUUCUCGGCAGGAUCGAAGAUGAACAGGCUUUAAGUGUCCAGCUUCAUAAGAAAAUCAAGGAACUGCAGGCUCGUAUUGAAGAGCUGGAGGAGGAAAUUGAGGCUGAGAGAGCUGCUCGGGCCAAGGUGGAGAAGCAGAGGUCGGAUCUCUCCAGGGAACUCGAGGAGAUCAGCGAGAGGCUCGAAGAAGCUGGAGGAGCCACAUCUGUGCAGAUCGAGAUGAGCAAGAAGCGAGAGGCCGAGUUUCAGAAGCUGCGGCGUGAUCUUGAAGAGUCCACCCUGCACCAUGAGGCUACCGCUGCCGCUCUGCGCAAGAAACAGGCCGACAGUGUGGCAGAGCUCGGGGAACAGAUCGAUAACCUCCAGAGAGUCAAACAGAAGCUGGAGAAGGAGAAGAGUGAAUUCAAGAUGGAGAUUGAUGACAUUUCAAGCAAUAUGGAGUCUGUCGCCAAAUCAAAGGCUAACCUUGAGAAGAUGUGCCGCACUCUUGAGGAUCAACUGAGUGAGUUAAAGAGCAAGAACGACGAAAAUGUGCGCCAGUUAAACGACAUGAGUGUUCAAAGAUCCAGGCUCAUGACCGAAAAUGGGGAAUUUGGCCGUCAGCUGGAGGAAAAGGAGUCUCUUGUUUCACAGCUUACAAGAGGCAAACAGGCUUAUAUUCAACAGACUGAGGAGCUCAAACGGCACUUUGAAGAAGAAGUCAAGGCCAAGAACGCCCUGGCUCAUGCUGUUCAGUCAUCCCGCCAUGACUGCGACCUGCUCAGAGAGCAGUAUGAGGAGGAGCAGGAGGCCAAGGCUGAGCUGCAGCGAGCGCUGUCCAAAGCCAACAGCGAGGUGGCUCAGUGGAGAACCAAAUACGAAACUGAUGCCAUUCAGCGCACUGAGGAGCUAGAGGAGGCCAAGAAAAAACUUGCCCAGCGUCUUCAGGAUGCAGAGGAAGCCAUUGAGGCUGUGAAUUCAAAAUGCGGCUCUCUGGAAAAGACCAAGCAGAGACUUCACGGUGAAGUGGAGGACCUGAUGAUUGACGUGGAGAGAGCUAAUGCUCUGGCUUCUAACCUGGACAAGAAGCAAAGAAACUUUGACAAGAUUCUUGCUGAGUGGAAGCAGAAGUUUGAGGAGAGCCAGGCAGAGCUGGAGGGAUCUCAGAAGGAGAGUCGGUCAAUGAGCACCGAGCUGUUCAAGAUUAAAAACUCAUAUGAAGAAGCUCUGGAUCACUUGGAGACCCUGAAGAGGGAGAACAAAAACCUGCAUCAGGAAAUCACUGAUUUGACUGAACAUAUUGGUGAAUCAGGAAAAACCAUUCAUGAACUGGAAAAAGGGAAAAAAUCAGCCGAGACUGAGAAAGCAGAAAUCCAAACUGCCCUCGAGGAGGCCGAGGCCACUCUGGAGCACGAAGAGUCCAAGAUUCUGCGUGUCCAGCUGGAACUCACCCAGGUGAAGAAUGAAAUUGACAGGAAAAUUGCAGAGAAGGACGAGGAGAUUGAGCAGAUCAAGAGGAACAGCCAGAGGGUGAUCGAGACCAUGCAGAGCAGCCUGGAUGCUGAGAUCAGGAGCAGGAAUGAUACCAUGAGAGUCAAGAAGAAGAUGGAGGGAGACCUCAACGAGAUGGAGAUUCAGCUGAGCCACGCCAACCGCCAGGCUUCUGAGGCCCAGAAACAGCUGAGGAACGUGCAAGGACAGCUGAAGGAUGCACAACUGCACCUUGAUGAAGCUCUUAGAGGUCAUGAGGAGAUGAAGGAGCAGGUGGCCAUGGUGGAGCGCAGGAACAACCUGAUGCUGGCUGAGAUCGAGGAGCUGAGAGCUGCACUGGAGCAGACGGAGAGAGGCCGCAAAGUGGCUGAACAGGAGCUGGUUGAUGCCAGUGAGCGUGUGGGACUACUGCACUCUCAGAACACAAAUCUCAUCAACACCAAAAGGAAAUUGGAUGCUGACCUGGUGCAGAUUCAAGGGGAAGUGGAAGAUGCUAUUCAGGAAGCAAGAAAUGCAGAAGAAAAGGCCAAGAAGGCCAUCACUGAUGCUGCCAUGAUGGCAGAAGAGCUGAAGAAGGAGCAGGACACCUGCGCUCAUUUGGAGAGGAUGAAGAAGAACCUGGAGGUGACAGUGAAGGACCUGCAGCACCGCCUUGACGAAGCUGAGAAUCUGGCCCUGAAGGGCGGCAAGAAGCAGCUCCAGAAACUGGAGGCUAGAGUUCGGGAGCUCGAGGCUGAAGUCGAGGCCGAGCAGAGGCGCGGAGCUGAGGCCGUGAAAGGCAUCCGCAAAUAUGAACGCAGAGUGAAGGAACUGACUUAUCAGACUGAGGAGGACAAGAAGAACAUUGCCAGACUUCAGGAUCUGGUGGACAAGUUGCAGCUCAAAAUGAAAGCCUACAAGAGACAGUCUGAGGAAGCGGAGGAACAGGCCAACAGUCACCUGUGCAGGUGCAGGAAGAUUCAGCACGAGCUGGAGGAGGCUCAGGAGCGAGCCGACAUCGCUGAGACUCAGGUCAACAAGCUGAGGGCCAAGAGCCGUGAUAUAGGCAGGGGAAAGGAGGCUGAAGAAUAAGCAUCAGUCUGAAGGAGACACAGCACAAGAAAUCAUACAAUAUGAUCUUGUUCUUAAAUGUGUAACGACAACAAAUAAACUUGCUUGCAAUUCA